AUGUUGCGAGAUGCUUAUGAUGAUGAUCUGGCCUCUUAUAUGUCCCACUUUAGGGACUAUCAGACAUGGUUGGAUGAGGAUGCUCGUGCUAGGGUUGUUUUUGUUGCUAGUAUGGAUGAGCGUCUGGCUACUGAUAUUGUUCAGUUUGAUCAUGCUUUUUCAAAUCCUUGCUUCCUCAGCGCUAUGAGCCCUAUGUUGUCUCUGACCACUUGUGAUUCCUACAGGAAGCAACAAAGUCACCUUGAGCUUCAAUCUCACCUAUGGCUCCUGACUCGUCUACGUGCUGAGUUUGAGCCUCUCCGUGCUCAGUUACUCGCUCGUGAGCCAUGUGUGUCCCUGAUGGAGGCUCUUGCUACCGUUCAUAAUGAGGAGACUAGUCUUCGUUUUGCUGGUUUGCUUCAAUCAACCUCCUCCUCAGUUCUGGCUGCUCGGUUUGCAUGCCCCGGAGUUCUUGGUUCUGCUCCCAAGGGGUCUUCUUCAGUGGUCUCUAGCUCUGGGACUCGCAGUUCAGGUGGACUUCAUUGUGAUCACUGUGACAGAGAUGGACAUGUUGAGGCUCACUGUUACAAGAAGAAGAGGCAGGCUCAGUCUCGCCAAGGUGGCCGUCCCUCACAAGGUCCUGGUACUGCGACUACUGGUGUCUCUCAGAGUACUGGCAGCUCUCAACAUACUGAUACACAAGAGAUAGUCAUGUUGCUUCGUCGUCUUGCUGCCUCUGUCUUCUAUUGA